AUGCUCGAAGAGAGGGUGUCAAUGCUAAGAGAAAUGAACUGGAGGGAGUGUUUCUUUGGUAAGAGAAUGCGAAAAUGGGCAUUCUGGUUUAUUGUUGCUUUUCUUUCUGCGUUGACGAUGAAGGAUAUUUGGAAAUUGUUUACGAUUCAGAUACUCGAAUAUGCUGCAAAUCCAAAACAAUCCGACAUGAACAUGAUGUUCAACGAGUCAAUGACAAUGCCAAAUAUCACAUUUUGCAUGUCUAAGACUCAGGCGUGGAGUCAUUUUCACAUCAACACCUCAGAAUCCACAGAUCAAUGGGAUCAAAUCGUACAAGACAAUCUAUUGAAUAUGACUGAUCAUGAUAGUUUCUUGAAAGAUCCUUGGGAUUUUCGACUUGUCAUGGAGGCAUACGAGGUGAUCGCAACACUGAAUAGUAUGGAACGGGAAACCACGGCAAAUGGUUGUGCAAGAUCCAUAAAUGUCUUUCGCACACAAGCGAGAUUAGCUGAUAAACGUAAAAUGAUCAAAAUGUGGCUGGAUGCGAUAUCUGACCGUGACGUUACAUUCGGCGAAUUCACCGAGAAGGUGGGACAAGAGACGAUACGACGCUCUAUGCAACGCUUUCAACGAACCACAUUCAACGAGGAUCUGGUGAUUCGAACAAGAUUUCGAACCUCGUGGAUAUCCAUGAUGCAAUUCUGCUUUCAACCGUGGUUCGACGAAGACAACUUUCAAAGCAUCGAA